CAACCGAGCUUGCGCUGUACUCACAAGGAAGCGCGGAGAAAUAUAUGCGCUUCUUUCAGCUAAGUUGGUUCAUGUCAACUGCAGUUUAUUUGUUGUUGUUACAAUUUAUGUGUAACCUUAAAUAGACUGUUCCCGAAGUACGGGAUAAUAAUCUGCCGAAGGAGACGGAUCACUUCUUUGAAAAUGCCUCGAAGAAAGAGGACCGCAGGCAGCAGCUCGGACGGGACGGAGGACUCGGACUUUUCCGCCGACCUCGAACACGCCGACGCUCCCGAGAGCGCGCACAGGCGCAGUAGCACGCGCCUAACUCGCGCUUCCCUGCGCCUCAGCCAGAGCUCACAGGAGAACUGCAGCUCAGUCCGCUGCAGCUCUCCUGCUGCCGCGGGUCCUGACGAAGGCCUGGAGUCAGCGGCAGACUCUGCAGCAGCGGCGGUGGCGGCAGCAUCCGUCUUCACCUCCGGGCGCAGGAUCACUCGCAGCCAGCAGGGGGCGCUAAACACCACAGCCAAAAAAUACCCGCUGCGUCAGAGCAGGUCAUCUGGCUCGGACACUGAAGCUAAUGACGUGAAGCAGGGGGCAGACCGAGACGAGACCCCACCUCGCACCCCGACAGGCAAUGCUCCGUCUUCCGAGUCAGACAUCGACGUUUCCAGCCCGAGCAACGACCACGUGUCUUCAAGCAACGAUAUUAUAGUUUCUCAAGAGGAGGACGAGAGGUUGGCCAAAGAACUGUCGCUCAAAGAGGCCGCGGCCCACGACCUCUCCCACCGGCCCAAGCGACGGCGUUUCCACGAAAGCUACAACUUCAACAUGAAGUGUCCCACACCUGGAUGCAACUCGCUGGGUCAUCUAACAGGGAGGCAUGAGAGACAUUUCUCCAUAUCAGGGUGCCCUCUCUACCACAACCUUUCAGCUGAUGAAUGCAAGGGCAAGGCAUCCACACGCGACAAGCAGGCCGAGGAAAGGACGCUGUCACACCGGCAGGACGAGAACAGACACUCCACAAGAAACCAGGCCCCGACAGACCGUCAGCUGCGCUACAAAGAAAAAGUGACAGAGCUGCGGAGGAAGAGGAACUCCGGCCUCAAUAAGGAGCAGAAGGAGAAGUACAUGGAGCACCGUCAGAGCCACGGCACGAGCCGAGAGCCGCUGCUGGAGAACAUCACCAGCGACUACGACCUCGAGCUGUUCAGGAAAGCGCAGGCACGUGCCUCGGACGACCUUGAGAAGCUCCGUCUGUCCGGUCAGGUGUCAGAGGGCAGCAACAUGAUAAAGACCAUUGUGUUUGGCCGUUUCGAACUGGACACCUGGUACCACUCGCCGUACCCGGAGGAGUACGCCCGCCUGGGGAGGCUCUACAUGUGCGAAUUCUGUCUUAAAUACAUGAAGAGUCAGACCAUCCUGCGCCGGCACAUGGCCAAGUGUGUGUGGAAACAUCCGCCGGGCGAUGAGAUCUACAGGAAGGGGAACAUUUCUGUCUUUGAGGUGGAUGGAAAGAAAAAUAAGAUUUACUGUCAGAACUUGUGUCUGCUGGCAAAACUCUUUCUGGACCACAAGACUCUGUAUUACGACGUUGAGCCGUUUCUCUUCUACGUCAUGACCGAAGCCGACAACACAGGCUGCCACUUAGUGGGAUACUUCUCUAAGGAGAAAAACUCCUUCCUUAACUACAACGUGUCCUGCAUCCUCACCAUGCCACAGUACAUGAGGCAGGGCUACGGCAAGAUGCUCAUAGACUUUAGCUACCUAUUGUCCAAGGUGGAGGAGAAGGUGGGCUCACCCGAACGCCCCCUGUCUGACUUGGGACUAAUCAGCUACAGAAGUUACUGGAAAGAUGUUCUGCUGCGUUACAUGAACAACUUUCAGGGCAAAGAGAUCUCCAUCAAAGAGAUCAGCCAGGAGACGGCUGUGAACCCGGUGGAUAUUGUCAGCACACUGCAGUCCCUCCAGAUGCUCAAAUACUGGAAGGGAAAGCACCUGGUUUUAAAGAGACAGGACCUUAUUGAUGACUGGAAGGCCAAGGAAACCAAGCGUGGUAACAGCAAGGCCAUCGACCCCACAGCCUUAAAAUGGACCCCACCUAAAGGGACAUAAAUGAGCUUCCUUGAAACCCCCAAAACACUCACAUGCAUCCACACACAGGUUCUCCUCCGUACACUGGCAUGCUCAUUAACCCUGAGCCUAAACCUUCACACCUGCAAGAAUUACCGUCAACCAUUUGUUUGGGUUCAAACAGUGACUGAGUUAAAUCCAGCAAAAGGAGAUUUAUCCUAAUAAUAAUAAUAAUAAUAAUAAUAACAAUAAUAAUAAUAAUAAACACUUUUUUAGGAUAUUUUGCAAAAUAACAGUAAAAGGAAGGAAAAUGAACUCGUCAUGAAAACAUAGUGGACUGAGACGUUAAAAUGAACGGUUCACUUAUGUGACUGAUUGAUCCAAAUUUAAAAAAAAAAAAUGUGUCAAAUAGUUAUAACAUAGAUGCAUUUAGAGAAAGAAGCCUUGUUAGAAAUAUUUGAUUCAUUAAAUUUGGCGACAGUUGCGAUGGUAGUGCUCAGUCCCCCUCAUUUAAGCUUCGAUGACAAGAUGUUCUGUAAAAUUCAGAAAAUUCAGGUUCAGUUCAGUUUCUAUUGUUUAUUCAGUCAAUUCAGACAUGAAUUAAGAGUAAAGUCUCAAAACUUUUUACUGUUUUAAUUUCAGGACUGCAUUAAGAUUCAGACCAACAGAACAGAUAAAUGCAAAAAGCUAGACGCGAGCUGGUGGGAACAGGAAAGGCUGCCAGUAUCUGUACAUUCGUUUCCUGAAAAGUAACUAAUUUUUUUUUUUUUUUAAGCGUCAUUAGCUCACCUCCUCCCUGGCACUUAAUUAGCGAGGGCACCAGGCACCUGCUAAUCCAAUCUGCAACAGCCAGCAUCGAACUGGUGCCGCUUUUCAUUCUUCUUUUAAGAUGGCUGACACUUCGCAGGCCGGCAACAUGUUGAUAAACACAGACCAGCCGGUUGCCAUUAAACAGGACUGCCUGGACGUCCACCAUUUCUCUUAUACUGAAAUCGGUUAAAAUAAAAUUAACUCACUACUAACGUCACACACGAAAUACAGAGCUGUCACACAAGCUCCAAAAGUAGAAUUGGAUCAUUGAUCAUCAUUGGUGUACUUCGAUCAAUGCAGCCAUCGUGUAUACACCCAGUGCGUGUAUUGCUGAGUUUUGGCUUUAAAUGAAUGCAAUCAUUUUGUCAGGAAACCAGGUGAUGAGUUUCGAUGAUUUAAUCUUUUAACUUGUUUUCUGGCUAAAUUCUGAUGUAAGAUGGAAGAAGCAACACCAAGCAGUGACUGUUUGAACCCAGAGCAACAUCACUCACUUCACUUGGCUUCUCUCAUGCAAACGAGCACUUAGUGUCUGGUUUUUAACUGCUGUCAGCAGUCAGUCAGUCAGUCAGUCAGUUAGCUGGGAAGCUAUAGCUGCCACUGGCCAUGUUUGAACUGUGUUGGGUUAUCAGGCAGGGACCUGCUCUUUAUGUUUGUUUCCAAGUGUUCCCAUUUUUCUCCGUUGGUCUCAGCUGUGUCAUUUCCUUGUAUGUACAGUUUUUUUAGUGUCUUAUAGCCUGAAAACAUGCUUGUGUGACUGUUAUUGGGUUUUAAUUUCUCAAUUAUAUUUAUACUUUUUUGAUCUCUAAGGUGUUACCACUGUCUAAAAGCUACAACACCUCAUUUUAGGCUCAAGUUCGUUUUGUUUUUUACUCCGUUUUUCAUGAUUUUUAAAUUUAGAAAAGCACGUUGUUGUUGUUGUGGUUGUUUUUUUUUUUUUACCAGAUUUUCUUUUGUUAAAACAUGCCUUUUAUAUUCUAAAUAAAUAUAUUGUAACUGCGUUGAGGGUGGAGGAAUGUCUAUUUUGUAAGACUGGGUCCCAUGUUCAUAUAUUGAAUGUAUUUUGAAGCUCUUGAAAGGUACAGGAGGGAGAAUUUCAGCUAAUGCCCACCCCCAUAACUCCCUAGCUAACACUGACAGAAGUCAUUUACAUUUCAAUAAUUUUAAGCCUGUGAUCACAAGUGGCACAAUUGAGUCAAAGCAUAUAACUUUUGCACAUUGUCAGGCCUUAUUACUGCUGUAAUCACUGCUGUAGGCACUCAGAAAUGACAAGGAUGGAUGGAUUGUGUAAGCUGAAAAAGGCUGGUAGCUUAAUGUUACUAUUUCAAGUUGUUCUGUGUUAUUGGCAAUCUUUAUAUUUAUUGAUGUAGUAAAAAAAAUAGUUUAAAUCUUUUGGCGAAUAAUUAAUUAAGCAUUCCGAAUUACAAAAAAACAAGAUAAAUAUAAAUAAAGACCAUGUCUUGUGAUAAACACAAAAACGUAAUAAUUAGCUAAGUAAUUUCAGAUAAAAACAUCUAAUCUUUGAAACACUGAAGCAGUUUGGCAGCAGUUCACUUUGCCUGAUGACUCAUCUUUUAUUUUUACCCUUUUUUCUUGUAAUGUGUGUAAAUGUGAAAAAGUUUGUUCUUUCGUGCUUUUGCCUGACCCGCCAGUUAACAUUACAUGUUUUGUUUGUUUGUUUUUCUGUGGUGGAAGAUGCGCAGCCUUUAAAGUACAUAUGUUUGAUGGUUUUCUUCUAUUAGUUUUUAUCCUUGAUUUUCUAUAUAUUUUUGUUUCCUUUUUAUGCCAUUUUCCUUUCAUCAGCAUUUUACAGACUUAUAUUUGGAGUAAUUCUAUGGAUUCUUUGCAUUAUGAGGAAAAAGCGUCUACAAUACUUUGAAGAGUAUAAAUCUAUUCUAAGGUCAUGUUUUCAGAGAACAACAUUUAUUCUGUUCUUACAGCUUUAGUUAGUAAAAUGAUGGCUUUUUAUGUUUGUGUGUCCACGCCUUAUUUUUGCCAACUUUUACAUGCAUUAGAAGGGAAGUGUACUUAAUUUGUGGAUAAAAAUCACACUUAAACAUGCUCUCAUUGAUGGUGUUUCAUUUAAACCUCACACUCUGCUACAUGGCUUCUUUUUUUAAUUUUUGGGAGGCCGCUCAUAUUUAACAGUCAAAUAUAGGGACUUUGAGUUUUAGAUUCAGUAAAAAUUCCAUUAAAGGCAUUUUUUUUUUCACCUCAAUAUACUUUUGGCCUGAAUCUAAAUUUUAUUUUUACUUGAUGUAGGACUUCUUGCUUAAAGGGGAAAAACAAACUCUGGAGAGUGCCUUCAAAGGCACUCUCCAGAGUGGUUUUCAAACUUAAAAGCCUUCAUGGCAAUAAGAUAAAACAAAAGGGCUCGAUUUUCAUGUCCAGGUUGGUCAGAAAAAAGUUGAAUAAAAACAGAAAUGACUUUAUUCAAUGUGUUCAGUGUCAUAACAAAUCAUGUUGAAGUAUCCAAACCUGAUAUUUCUUUGGUGAUUAUUUUUGUUUGAUUUGAUUUAUUUGGGUAAUUUUGACUUUAUUAUUAUUAUUUUUCUUCUUUUUUUUGUGUCCUCUUCAUCCUGUUGCCUUUUUUUUUUUUUUUUUUUUUUUAUGUGCCAAUGGCAGCUAUAGAUGUGCAGCUUCGGAUCCCUUUGCUAGUUACUAACCCUCCUGAAUAGGAUUACAGUUACUAUGAAAGCAUCCCAUCACCAUCCAUAAGUCACCAGCAAGCUUUUGUAGUACUGCUACCUUAUUACUCACACAAAGCAGCAACACACACACACACACACACGUCGUGUGGUGUCAAGAUGUAGCUCAGUUGUGCUUUUGUACUUGCUUCUCUCCUUCUGCCCUCCUCUUCAAUAAACACAAAAGGUAAUAAAACACUGAA